UCCGUUCGAAUGAAAAAUAUGUCAGAGUUUGAUCAUAAAUCCAUUAAAAAAUAACGGUAGAUACAUAUUUCAAUAUCUAAAAAUAAAUAUUAUAAAGACAAUCUAAUAACAGACUCAAACAAAUAGUGGAGCAAUGUAAAUUUAUAUAAAAUACUUAGACUGUUGUGUAAACACCAUAGAAGUUAUGUUAUUGUGAUGUGGAAAUGUUGUCAUAGCGAAAAUCGUGGAAUGUAUUUAUGAGAAUUAUUUUUGAUUAAUUUGAAAAUUAUAGAAUAUAGGUAGAGGAGUAAACUCUGAAUGAAAUGAUUGGUGAUACCAUUAUAACGCCACCUAAUACUAAUAAACCUGUGAUUAUUAUAAAUGAAAUGAUUAUAAAUGAAAAUUUUGUCAGUGCUAGUACUUCUGAUAAUACUACAUAUAAUUCAAAAUCUUUGAUCGAUACAUCGGAUUCAUGUAAUAACAACAACCAUAACAACAAAAGUAAUAAUGGUAAUAAUAAUAAAAAUGACAACAGUUCCAAGAUGAUGAUUGACGAUAACACUGAAACCAACAUUAAUAAUAAUGUGACUAUUUCUUCCUCGAUUUGUCAUUUCAAAUCUAUUGAAUCCACUCCUACUAUCUUCAAUACUGCGGAUAGUAAAUACGAAAAUUUUUUUAACAAUAAUGACAUGGGUGAUGAACGAAGCUUUUUGAAUAAAAAUGAAAAAAGUGAAAAAGACAGCGGUGUUGAUACUAACGAUAACAAUAAUGACGACGUAAAUAACGGUCAACAAAAAAAAGUUGAAAGCAAUUCCGGUGAAAAUAAAGUGAAUAAUAAAUGUGAUUUUCUUCACGCAUCUUCCAUAACUAGUUCAAAAAAAUCAGUAGCAAGACCAUGGGAAUUGCCUUCUCUGAUAUCUGAUCAAUCAAAAUCACGGUUGAUUCCAUUUCAUUCAAAUCAUUUUCAUCAAUCAUCGAUUCCAUCUACUUCACCUUUAUCAAUAAAUAAAGGAACAAGUUUCCAAAAAGGUGGAGUCACUGAAAAUACAAAUGCUGUCAUUGGAAUAACACGACAACGACUACUAGAACUGUCACAUGGAAUAGGUACAUUACAACAUUACAAUAAUUUAGCACAUCAUGUUCUUUCUUUAAAUCGUCAAGGUGCUGUUGUUACCAAGCUGUUAGGAACGUUAAGGCCACCCGGUUUGAUUGGAGGAAGUAAACCAAAAGUUGCUACUCCCACGGUUGUAGCCAAAAUUGAGCAAUAUAAACGAGAGAAUCCAACAAUUUUUGCAUGGGAAAUACGGGAACGAUUGAUCGCCGAAGGUAUUUGCAGUAAUACUACUGCACCGUCUGUUAGUAGUAUAAAUAGGAUAUUAAGAAAUCGAGCAGCUGAAAGAGCUGCUUCGGAAUUUGCACGAGUCGCAGGAUACGGUUUAUACUCAAGUGCAACUCAUUCAUAUUUACAAUCUGUCCAUAACCAUCCAAGUUCUCCUCAUCUCUCAAUGAAUUGGCCGUCAACCGCAAUUCCAGGGCAUUCAUGGGUACUCCCACCUUUAAUAACCGGGAUGUCAAGAGCUGAUUCAACUUUUUUUCUUCCCGGUUCAAUAGAUUCUCACGAUACGAAUCCAUCAUCAACUAUUACGACUGAUUCUGAACAUUCUAUUCGAGUGACUGAUGCACUUACUCGGAGGUACUUACAAGAUGGAGAAGUUGAGGAUAGCAGUUUGGAUAGCUCUGAGCAGCCAAAGUUCAGACGAAAUCGUACUACAUUCAGUCCAGAACAGUUACAGGAACUAGAAAAAGAAUUUGAACGAUCUCAUUAUCCUUGUGUAUCAACUCGAGAAAAACUAGCUACUAAAACAUCAUUGUCAGAAGCAAGAGUUCAGGUAUGGUUUUCUAAUAGACGAGCGAAAUGGAGGCGCCAUCAACGAAUGAACUUGUUGAAGAAUUCUUCAUCUGCAUCAUCUGCACAACUACCAACAACAACUUCUGUUACAGCUACAUCUUCUCGUGUUGACAUGGACACUCUUGGAUAUAGAACAUCUCCAAACAUAUGUUAUCCCAUGACUGAUAUAGGAAGUCAAAAUAGUGCUUUUCAUCCAGUCACAACAACUGCACCUAUACGAAAUUCGAUUAAUUCGGAAAGUGCUCCGACUGAAUUUAAAUUAAUAAGUAAAAUUAUCGAAAAAAAUUCAUCCCUUUUAAAUGCGAAUGCAACAAAUACAGGUUUUUUGAACACAGAGAAAGCAUUAGAAUUACAAAUGGGAACCCAAAGAUCCAUUGAAAGUAGUCCAGAGUACCAAACUCCAAAAUCAAAUUAUAUUCCUGCUAUUACUCCCCCAAUCCCUUGGAAAAAUCAAUAUAUCGAUCAGCAACCAUUAGAACUUAUAAAACAUGAUCGUUAGAAUAAAAUUUAAAAAAGAAAAAUCAAUUUCAAAAUCUCCAACACUGUCAAUGAUUUCCAGUAGAACUUUAUGACAAUCAUACAAAAAAGCAUUGUACAAUUUUUUAAGUAAUACAUAUAGCGGUUAAACCAGUGGGGUUAAACUUAAGAGACAAUUAUAAUACGUCAGAUUUUUCUUUAUUAUAACUAAACCUUAGGAUAGUUCAAUAUUCUCAUUAAUGCAAUUAUCCAUUGAAGAUUAAAAAAUAAAAGUUAUUAUAAGUUAAUUCAAACUUAUUCAUUUCGAAAAGUUACAACGUGGAUCGUAAAAAUUCUUAUUUUAUUGGCUACCAAUUUUUUCGUAUUAGAUUUAUAUCAAAUACUUAAUUUUGUAAUUUAUAUUUCAAUUUUACUGGAUUUUUAUUCUUCUUUUUUUUAAAUAUAUUUGAUUAUUGAAUUCUGAGAGUUCCAAUGACAAAUAGGGAUCGUUUUUAGUAGCCAAAAAUAUAGAAUCAUUUUGCUGAUACGCGAGUCAUAUAUUUUAUGAUAUAGUCGCAAUGAUAAAACAACACAGUGACUUUAAUAUUUUACCUUUUAUUACUUCAAAGGAGUAGACAGUAGUGAAUGUAUGUUACGAACACGUAAAUAAGAAUGACAUUUGUGAUCCGAACCAAAAAAUAUACUCUGAAUAUAAAUCUAUA